CUGCUGACGUCUUUCCUCUCUAUCACACAUCAGACUUUUCCCAGUGGAGCUGGAGAACAGGCUUCAAUGAAAACUGCCUGUUUGCAGCUAUAUGGAGAUUGCAGGCACCACAAUCACUAUUUCCUCUACCUGACCUGGAGCAGAAACUCCAUCAUUAGGAUAGAAAGGUAGCCUUGUUGCCUAGCAAAGGUGGGAUGAUUUAUCUCUGUCUCUAGAUUGGUCCCUUUUUCACUGCUGCACAAGAGAAUUGUUUUCAGACUUUCAAGGAGAAUGAAGCCAGGAUAGAAAUCAAAGUGGAUGUGAGAGAGCUGCUAUCCCAGGGAGGAGAAGGAGUCACAGGGUUUCUGUGCUUUCUGUUCCUGUGCAGCCCAGGACAAUGGUUUUAUCUGCCCCAGUGAUAGCCCUGGGGGCUACCUUAGGGACUGCAACUAGCAUCCUUGCCCUCUGCGGUCUCACCUGCCUCUGCAAAUGCAAGCAACCUGGGAAAGGACUCUCAGAAAAGGACCAAGAGGAGGACACGGAAAAUACUAAGCCCAGUGUGCUUCAGCCAGUCCAGCAAUUCAACGUUAAGAAAACGGCAGAGCCAGUCCAGCCUCGAGCACUCCUGAAGUUUCCCAACAUUUAUGGCCCCAAACCCAUAGUAACUUCACCUGAAAUUGUUAACUACACGCAGUACUCCCUGAAGACAACAGAAGAGCCAGCUACUGGAAAACACGCUGAUUUGGAUGAGAACAGGAUGAAGAUCCAAGUCAAUGAAGAGCUGUUUGUUCUCCCUCAAAACGUUGCAGGUGUAGUAAAGGAUGUGUGUGUCACGGAGCACUUGAACCCCGAGAGGGCAGCCAGCUGUAACCAGGCCCCUGAGCUGCGCUACUCCCUGCUGUAUGAUCAAGAAAGAGCUGAGCUGCGUGUGGCCCUUCUGGAAGCUAUGCAUGGCAGAAUGAGUGGGGACCAAGAUGCUGGCUGCCAUUGCUACGUACUGGGUACGCUGGUGAGCAAAUCUGGCACUGCUGAAGCCCAAACAGAGCUGAAGAAGAAGGUGCUUCACACCCUCUGGGAGGAGGUCCUGCGAUUCCCAUUAACAGAGGAGGAGAUGCCGGAGGGGACAUUGACUCUCACCCUGAGAAACUGCGACAAGUUCUCCAGACACAGCAUUGUGGGGGAACUCAAACUGAGCCUUGCUAACGUGGAGGAGUCCUUUGGGACAGCCCAAUGGGAAAGGCUAAAGAUCCCAGAGAAGGAGCCAUCUACGGGCCAUGGGGAGGUCCUGCUCUCCAUCAGCUACCUGCCAGCAGCGAACCGCCUGCUGGUGGUGAUCAUCAAGGCUAAAAACCUCCAUUCCAAGCAGCUGAAAGAUCUACUUGGCAAUGAUGUUUCUGUCAAGGUGACACUGAGGCAUCAGUCCUUGAAGCUGAAGAAGAAGCAGACCAAACGCGCAAAGCACAAGAUCAACCCUGUGUGGAACGAGAUGAUCAUGUUCGAGGUGCCUCAAGAGCUCCUGCGUGCCUCCAGUGUGGAGCUGGAAAUGCUGAGCCAGGUCGGUGCUGGGCAGAGCCACGUGCUUGGCAAGUGCAGCCUGGGCUUACAUGCCACGGGCACGGAGAGGAGCCAUUGGGAAGAAAUGCUGAGGAACCCCAGGAGACAGAUCGCCAUGUGGCACCAGCUCCACAUGUAGGCUCCUGGUGAUUCCUGCCUCUGAGCCUGGGCGAAUAAGCUGCAUUUCACCUUCCCUCCACAAAGCUUACCAGCACAGCAUCCUUCUUAUACCCCCUUGUCUGAUUUUCCUGCCUCAUCCUAGCCAGGGAGACUGCCUGGAAAAUGUAUUUAAAGGACAACGUCUCAUCUGAUCAAGUGGUUCUCUCAAACAAGGGGGUUGGCUGCCUGGAUGAUUUGAAUUAAUUCCCACUGUCAUCUGUGUGAGGUCCUUGUUUCUGUAGAGGAGUAAAGGUAUCAUGGAAAUGUGAGAUCAUCCUUGGCAUCUGGCUCUGUCACUCAAGUCCUUGAUGAGCGCUGGCUCCAUAAUCACAAACACGUGGCGGAUGUUUUACCAGUCAUUGUUUUCCGUAAUACUUUAUAAGACUGUGAGAAAUGCCGAUCACAGAAGUGACUUUCACUGCAGACAUGAAGUAUCAAUAUGAAAGAGAGUGAAGAAGAUGUGCAAUAAAUGGGUAUCUAGAACUAAGAGAGAAAACAGAGGAAGAAGAGAGUGAGACAGUCAACACUAUCAUCCUAUGUAGCCUUUGAAGCAAACACUGCCAAACAAGAAGUCAAAUACCUUCAUGUACUUUUGUUUCCUGGAGUGUUUGAUAUUUAGGAUUCAUGAAAACCACUGAAAAUGUGAAUGUUUCAGGAUCCUUCAGCACAAUACCUACAUCUUCUAUCUUUCCACACUGUCACGCAGGAAGACCCUAAACACAGACAAGAAGUCACCUCCAAAAACCUGGACCAAAUCUUUCUGCUUACUGCCAUGUUUUCUGCUUGGUUUUUUUUCUGAGCUAGGAAGUUUCAAAUACUUUUAUUCCAGGCAACAUUUAAGACGAGGGAAGAGAAAUGAGAUCAUUUCAUACCUUAGCAGUGGAUUGACGGUUUUGGUUUGACAGUUAACUAUUGCACCCAAAUCCUCAUACCAGCCUUACUCAAAACCAAACCUUAAGAACUGCCAUGUAUUUCAUCACUUCCAGACAGAAGGAAUUCACUGACCAGACAGACUCCCCAAGGCUUGUUUUUUUGUGUGUGCACAUUCAAGACUUGAUGUAGCUUAAAUGUUACUGUUUACUGUCCUUUCGUGUCUCGAUGGGCUGAAAGUCUGGCGUUGGCAGUGAUGAUGUUAUGACCCCAUAAGCACACUGCUUGUCCUACCGCUUCAUUUAAAGGAGUAGACAACAGCUUUAAAGGACUUCAACUGGGACAAGGCACUCAACAGUCUGAAAACAGAGCCAUGUAGUUUGUAGCGCUGAAAAACUCCGAGAACUUCAUAUUUGCAGGGUCAACUUGAUCCUCUGUUAAAUUCAGAAUAUAAGCUAAGCUUUAUCUAGUAUCCAUCCCAUUUUGAUGGCUUAGUCAAACAAGUCUAGCAGAUGCUGCUAUCCUGUUGGCAAACACCAAAACCAGUGUCUGAAAAUGGACUGAAGUGACAGCAGUUACAAACAGGGCAAGGAAGCUCAGCUGGAAGCCAGUCACUAAGCGGUGACUGGAGCUGGUAGUGGGGAUGGCACUGCUUAGCAUCUUCUUAAAUGACCUGGACAACAGGGCUGAGUAUGCCCUCAACAAGUUUGCAGAUGGUGCAACGCUGAGAGUAGUGGUUCAUACACCAGGCAGUUGUGCUGCCAUUCAGAGGCAUGUGGAGAGGCUGGAGAAAUGGUCUGACAGGACCUUCCUGAAGUUCAACAAGAAGAGCUAAGUCCUGCACCUGCAGAAGAACAACCCCAUGCACCAGUGCAGGGCUGGAGCUGACCAUCUGGAAAGCAGCUUCCUAGGAAAGGACCUGAGCAUUCUGUUGAACGUGACCCAGCAAUGCGCUCUUGCAGCAAAGAAGGUCAAUAGUGUCUUGGUCUGCAACAGGAAAAGCAUUGUGAGCAGGUCAAAGGGGUGAUCCUCCCUACUCAGCUCUGGUGAGGGCACAUCUGGAGUGCUGCAUCUACUUCAGAGCUCCCCGGUGCAAGAAAGAUAUGGACUUACUGGAGAGAGUGCAGCAAAUGGCCAUGAAGAUGAUGAAGGGACUGGAGCACCUUCUGCAUGAGGAGAGUUUGAGAGAGCUGGGUCUGUUCAGCCUGGUCAAAAGAAACAUCGGGGGGAGCUUAGCAAUAUGUAUAAAUACCUGAUCUAGGAGAAGACUCUUCAGUGCUGUCCAGUAACAGGACAAGAGGCAAGGGCACAAAUUGCAAUAAAGGAAAUUCCAUUUGAACACUUGAUAAAAACAAAGAAAAAUUAUUCUGAGGAUGGCCAAACACUGGAACAAGUUGUCAAGAGAGGAUGUUGUGAGUUUCCAUCCUUGGAAACAAAACUUGAUGGGAUACAACACUGAACCACCAGAUCUAGUUUACCCCUCUGGGUUUGGACAAGAUGAUCUCCAGAGGUGUUUUCCAUCCUCGGCGAUGCUGUGGCUCUGUGAAGAGACUGACAAGGUUGAUGCACACUGAAAAGUCUGUUACCCUCUAUAGGUAAAACUGCUCUUCCCUUUAAAGCUGGUGUAGCCAGGAGUUAAAGGAUCAUUUUAGAGAGUGAUAGAAACAGCUCUGAUCAACCAACCAAACAGAAAAGCUAAGUACGCCAAUGGAGCUUAGAGCUAAAGUUUCAAUCUCUGAUAUUGCUCCACUGGCUAGAGGGGAUUUAAACAAGAAAUAAUUGACUUCUUGUUUUGCUCUGUGGGGCUUUGUUUAUUAACUGAAAGCUGUAGGAUGCUGCGAACAAAGUAGACACAGGGUUUCAGGCUGACAGUGAAUUCUUAAUAGCUGCUCUGUUCAUAGGUGCCUGCAGAUACAGAUUUGGAAUCGUUAUUUCCUUGAAGUGCAAAAGUCAUUGUAAUGUUGGCCUACUCCACAAAGAGGCUCCUGGCAGCACUGUGAUUCUCCCUUCUAUUUAGGAUAACGAUAAGGAUAAUCCCCCGGUACGAACCUAUUUGGCUGGCACCGGAAAGCCUAAAGGGCGAAAUAUUUGCCUUGCUGCCAAGAGAUUUCUUUAGUUCUGUCUCCUGCUUAUUUUAAUGAACCCUUUAUAACAUCUUGGUGACUGAUGGUAAACAGCAUUAUCUGCCCCUAGAGAUUUUGGCACACCCUGUAAUUAGACAGCAAUCCUAUGGCAUUCUAAAGGCACAGCCCCUCACAUAAUCUCAUAAUGUCCCUUUUACGUGUCUACACACUGCUUAACUACAAAUCUGUUUUAGGAGCAAAGUGGUGCCAUCACUGUUAACAAACGGUGGUGUUGCCUCACUUUGCUGCAACGGGAUUUAAAUAGGAAAAAAGGAAGAGGGAAAGCGCAUGCAUCUUUCCCAGCUGGAUCAUCUCUGUUGUCUGGCAUUUUAUCCUGGAAGGAAUGUUUCUCCCAUUCAGCUCAACCUGAACAAAACCUGACGGGUGCUUGUUUAAUGAGGCAGCAUUUGAUGUGCUGGGGCUGGAAGCGGGAGCAGGGAAGGGCGCUGGUUUUCCUGGGCAGGAGGAAUGCUGCGUACGUGUGGUACUGGAGGGGCAGGGACCCUCAGCUCAGGCCCUUUUGAACUCUGUUAAUAGGAGCCGUUUGUCACCGCAUUCCAUUGCCUGCCAUGGCCCUGCCCUCAUCCCUGUUUAGCAAUGCUGUAUGCCCCUAAGCCUCAGCACCCCAAGGGCUGGAGAUGCUAAACUGGUCCAAGCAGACAAACUGCAGGGAGCUGUUGUGGCGGAUGACAACGUCAUGAAUACAAAUGCAACGUGUUUGGAAAUGCAUCCUGCCAUCAUAUCCAGCAGCUUCAGCAACACAAGCUGGUGAAGCAUCACCCAAGUGCAGGAGGGACAGGGAACCGAGCCAGGCAACCCUUUGGUUAUCAGCUCCUAAAUCCAAGAACGUCACGAAUGUCUUCAAUCAAAGGGUGCUGCUUAUAAACUGCAUCAUAAGAGAAGCAGCAAAAAAAAACCCCACAGGCAAUUAAUGUUCUUUAGCUGUGUGCGUGACCAAAAAUAGGCAUUAGAGUCCGCAGUGGCUAUUUGGGGGUUGCACUGAUUAUUCUUCUUCAUGUUGUUUGUCUCAUUAUUCUUCUUCAUGUUAAUGGGUUAUAGCAAAAACCCAUUAACAUGAAGAAGCUGUAAGCCAAGAGACUGCAGGGAGGAAGGAAAUGAAAACAGAGGGUGGGGGGAAAUCUACCUGGUCAGAAUGAACAGUCCUUUCACCAAGGGACAGAGAGAAACAAAUUUAAAGACAGGGAUUCACAGUCCCUUGUCCAGAGACAAAACCCAAACAACACAACUACUGUAAAACAGAAUGAGAAAUGCAGCUCCCAUAUUGCAUCCAGCAUGCCCUGGGAGAGGUGGUCUCAUGCUGAGGCCUCUGGACAGGACUGAGAGGCCAGAGGAGAUAACUUGAGGCUAGUUACUUGGUUAAAAUAUAGAUUACAACCAUAUGUUGCUUUGCCUUGACUUGCCCUCAGAGCUAGAUCUUCCUAGAGAAGUGAUUUAGUCUGAUUUUAGGCAAUUUGUGCUGCAGUAGAAGAGAUUUAAAAGCACAAUCAUUGAUAGUUAUUAAAACAUCUCUGGGAUGCUUUAGACAUCUCUGGGAUGAUUUAGACUCACUACUACCCUCACCCCUUCCCCAGUUGUAAGGGGGAGCAGUUGCAGCUGGUCUCCUGUAAGGGUAACACUAUUUCAAUGCAGUUUUCCCCUCACUUCGCAUCCCAAAUAUCCUCACAUAGUGAUAGGAACCAUGUUUGCUUUGCAAAGAGGGAAUACAUCAAAAUCAAUGGAAAAUUCCCUUCAACUGGGCUGGAAAAAGAUUCAGGCUUAACUGUUCUCCCAGGCACCACUGUGCUUUCAACACCUUGAGCAAAAGUACUUUGCAUUUUGCUAGCAUCUGCUGUCAGUAUUGCCCAAAGUGGUGCCCAAAGACACCCAGAUUGGUUUUCUUCCAGAAUGCAGGAGGUUGCAAUUUGGGUUCUAGAAAUACAGCCCGAGGUUUUCCCAAAUUUUCCUCAUGUCUAAAAUGCGUUGGGCAUGGUGAUGUUUAGGAAGAGUUGGGAGCUAAUGUGGCUUGGACCAUGCUCCCCGCACUCUUUUGAAGGUCAGUUUGAAGUUGGAUUGAAUUGAAGGGCAGAGCUUUGGCAGCAUUUUUUAUGUGUUUCUGGUUUUCACUAAGUCUCAAGUGUAUUUGAUUCUUUUGUUGAAAGAGAAGCAUGAUGAGUAAAUAGCAGUACUUGACACCUUAUAUUGUUUGUUCUAUCGGUAAUAAUCAAACUGCACAAGAACAGUAGCAAAGUGAAAUAGUGUUUUGUAGCCUUCCAGCAUGAGAAGGCUUUUCUGCUUACUUGGUCCUUUGGUGUCCCAGUGUUUAUUGUACAGAGCCACAUAUUGUUUGUCAAGACUCUAUAUUGUUCACACAGUCCAAAGCACAAACCAGAGCAUGAGGCUCAGCCUUUGCGUUCAGUGUUAGAGCACAACAUGUAAAUCACUGCAAGUAAAUGAUUCCAAACUGUUCCAA